GAUUUGCUUUCCAUACAAAACAAAUAAUUUAAUUAAGAUCAUACAAGUUCCCACAAAAACUAAGCACUAAUUGUUUUUGAAUUUAAAAACUGACAGUGUGACCGCAUUUUGUAAAAUUCCCGAAAUACAAGGAAAUAAUAAAAACACAGCGGUUGGGAUCGAGUCGCAUUGAAAAAUGAUUGAUUGGUAAGUUCGCAAUGCAGCGGAUCCUGUUCAGAAACUAUGCCAGCCAGGCCAGCCGGGAGCGCUAUGCCAGCAGCAGUCUCAAGAUCUACCGCAGGGCGAAACCCCUGCCGAAGACGACACCCCAGAAACCCAAACAGGCGGAACUCAAUGAGGCCGGCAGCCAAGCAGAGUACGCGGAGAAUCUCGUGAAGGUGCAAAUGAUCUCUCGGAAUCUGCACGCGCAGCUUUUCCCCCAGGAGCCGCGCACCGUUUCGGAACAGCAGCUUGCCUCCGCCAAGGCGUACCAGGACGAGUUGCGCCGGCAUGGCGUCGAUAUUGAAAGCAGUACUCCUCAGGCAGAUGUCCAGCUGAAACUGCCCCCGCUGCGAGGCGCUAAUAUCGAGGAGCACUUCCACAAUAUAGCCAGGGAGCAGGUGCAGCCAUACGAGGAGCUACUGUUGCCGCUGGUGCAGUGCACGGAGCUACCAAAGAGACCCCAGCGAUGGGCCUUCUUCGCUGGCUGGACUGCGUAUGAUCCUGUCGAUGGCACUGCCUCGCCUGUGGAUCACCCGGCGGAAAAAGGCCUUGUCUUCGAUGUGGAGGUGUGCGUCAACGAGGGGCAGGCUCCCGUUCUGGCCACCGCCGUUAGCACCAAUCGAUGGUAUUCGUGGGUGAGUCCCAAGCUCACGAAGCACCGCUUGAGGGUGCCCAGCGUAGAGCCCCUGGAUGGGGCGACCGACGCAGAGCGACCUCACCACACUCCCGACGAACUGAUACCCCUGGGAGCCAGUGGACCCGGUCUUGUGGUGGGACACAAUGUUUCCUACGACAGGGCCAGGCUCAAGGAGCAGUACCUGAUCGAAGACACGGGCACGCGCUUUGUGGACACGAUGUCGCUGCACAUGUGCGUAAGUGGAGUUACCAGCUACCAACGAGCCAUGCUCAAGUCGAAGAAGGAGCCCGCACCAGAGGACUUGGCCUGGCUGGAGCAGAGUUCGCUCAAUAGUUUGGUCGAGGUGCACCGUCUUUACUGCGGCGGGGAGCCGCUGUCCAAGGAGCCGAGGAACAUUUUCGUUGAGGGAACUCUGGAGCAAGUGCGCCAGAGCUUUCAGUCGCUGGUCAACUACUGUGCCGGCGAUGUGGAGGCCACUCACCGCGUCCUUCGGGUCCUGUACCCCCUGUAUGCAGAGCGCUUUCCCCAUCCGGCCUCCCUGGCGGGUAUGCUGGAGAUGGGCUCCGCCUAUUUGCCAGUGAACUCCAACUGGGAGCGAUAUAUUCGAGAGGCGCAGCUCACCUACGAGGAUCUCAGCAUCGAGGCCAAGUACCAUUUGGGGCGCAGGGCUAAGGAAGCCUGCUCCCUCCUCCACGACGAGAAGUACCGCCAGAAUCUGUGGCUGUGGGACGAGGACUGGAGCGUGCAAGAGUUGAAAAUGAAGCAGCCGCCCAAACGGAAGCCAUUGGCAAGGGCAGAGGUCCCAUCCAAUGUGGGAACUACUGCAGAGCAGCGACGCCUGCAGGCCAAGUUCCAGCAUCUGUAUGACCAACACUGCCUACUGCCGGCUCGGAGACCUCUGCUUCCGGGAUACCCGCUGUGGUAUCGGAAGCUCUGCCGCAAGCCACCGCCGAGCAGGUACAAAAGGGAAGCGGCAGAAGUCCUGGAAGAGGAGGAGGAGGACCUGUGGUCUCCGGGAGCCACCGAAAUCAGCACCGGCAUGCAAAUUGCCCCCAAGCUGCUUUCCCUCUGCUGGGAGGGAUAUCCACUGCACUAUGAGAGGGACCAAGGUUGGGGCUUCCUUGUCCCAUUUCGCAGCGACUCUGGAGGAGUUGAACGGCUGCCUUUGGAGCAGUUAUUGGAGCGUUGCCCCGUUCCGGAGUUUGCCCGCCAGGGCGCAGGGCAGGCAGAGAGUGAUCUGGCCAUGGAUUUGCUUUCCAAACAGGUGGAGCAGCACCUGGGCAAGCGGGAGCACUAUAAGAAGCUGUCACAGAAGCAGCAGAGGCUGGAGACCCAGUACCAAGGUUCUGGGGUGUGGUGCAACAAGAUACUGGAGGACUGCUGCUUCUUUCUGAAGCUGCCGCACAAGAAUGGACCCUCCUUUCGGGUGGGCAAUCCCCUGUCCAGGGACUUUCUCGACAAGUUCUCCCAGAACGUGCUGAGCAGCGGCGAUCCGUCUUGUCAGGAGGCCACAAGGGUCGUGGAAAUUGCUCGCAUGAUGUCCUACUGGAGGAACAACCGGGAUCGCAUCAUGGGUCAAAUGGUAGUGUGGCUGGAUCAGCAGCAACUGCCAGCUGAGAUCAGGGGCGGAAAGGCCCAGCUCAGAGCCUACGGAGCCAUUUGUCCCCAGGUGGUUGCCUGUGGCACCUUAACCCGUCGUGCCAUGGAGCCCACCUGGAUGACAGCCUCAAACUCUCGGCCGGACCGCCUGGGAUCUGAGCUGCGUUCGAUGGUGCAGGCGCCCCCAGGAUUCAAGCUGGUCGGAGCUGAUGUCGACUCCCAGGAACUGUGGAUCGCCUCCGUCCUCGGCGAUGCCUACGCCUGUGGGGAGCACGGAGCAACGCCGCUCGGCUGGAUGACGCUCAGCGGAAGCAAGGCCAACGGCAGUGACAUGCACUCCAUCACGGCCAAGGCAGUCGGCAUCUCAAGGGACCACGCCAAAGUGAUCAACUACGCCCGCAUUUAUGGCGCUGGCCAGCAGUUCGCCGAGACCCUUCUCCGCCAGUUUAAUCCCACAUUCAGUGCCUCGGAGGCCAAAGCCAAGGCCAUGAAGAUGUUCGCAAUCACCAAAGGAAAAAGGGUAUACAGCUUGCGGGAGGAGUUCCACGACGAAUUGGAGGACAGGGCAUACUCCAGCUACGAGGCCUCACGGCUGGCUUUCCAGCGAAAUCGCACCUUGGGCGAGGUCUUCCAUCGUCCCUACUGGCAAGGCGGCACCGAAAGCGCAAUGUUUAAUCGGCUCGAGGAGAUCGCCACACAGCCGCAGCCGCAGACACCGUUCCUGGGCGGGCGUCUAAGUCGGGCCCUAGAGGCAGACGGCGGUGCAGAGCAGGAGCAACGGUUUCUGCCGACGCGCAUAAACUGGGUCGUGCAGAGCGGAGCCGUGGACUUCUUGCACCUCAUGCUGGUCAGUAUGCGGUGGCUGAUGGGACCACAUGUCCGCUUCUGUCUGAGUUUCCACGACGAGUUGCGCUACUUGGUUAAGGAGGAUCUGGCCCCCAAGGCGGCGCUGGCUAUGCACGUGACGAACCUCAUGACCCGCUCCUUUUGCGUAUCCCGCAUCGGCUUGAGGGACCUGCCCAUGUCGGUGGCCUUCUUUUCGUCCGUGGAAGUGGAUACGGUGUUGCGUAAGGAGUGCAACAUGGACUGCCGCACGCCAUCAAAUCCGCACGGUCUGCGCAUCGGCUAUGGGAUUGAGCCUGGUCAGAGCCUGAGCGUGGCUGAGGCAGUCGAGAAAGCCGGCGGAAGUGAUAUUAGCAAAUGGAACUGGAUCAAGUAGCGUCGCUAUAGAUUAUCAUUUUUCUUAAGAGAUCUUAGAGACUAUUGUGGAUAGGGUUUAAGUUCCUGUUAUUUUUAAAAUUAUUUUUAAGACAAACAAAACACACUGUUAAAAUAAAUGACACAUUUAUAUAUGUAUUAAUAUGUGGACAAAAUAAUAGGUGUACUAUUUGGUUGUUAGAUAUCGAUAAAAAUCUACAUAAACCCCAA